ACGAACGGGGCGAAGAAGACGCACGACGGGUGGCCGAUUGGAAAAGGGCGUGAGCACUUCCAAACAUGGUUCGCAGAUAAGCUCAAGAGUGGAGGCACGGCGAAGUCCAAGAAGUCGGUCACCCUUCUCAAGAAGAACACGAACAAGGUCGCGCGGUGGAGCCUCAACAAAAUGAUUUCGGAAUUCGGAGAGCAGAAGGCGAAGGAGAAGGCAGAGGCGUUCGACAAGGACCCAACCAAAUGGCGCCCCGAUCGCGACGCUGGGAAGGACGGGCCGCGGAGCAGGGAGCACGCCGUCAACUUGGACAGCCGCGAGGAGGGCGACGAGGAGCGGGACACGCGCGAGCUCGGCGCCGAGGCUGACCUUGACACCGAGGAGAGGCAGAUGGAAGCGGAGGCAUCAUUCGCAUCCAUGAGGGCGCGCAACGCUGGAAGUUCGGCUGCGGGUGCGGGCUUGGUCGCUGUGAAGCAGGAGGAAGGCGAGCCAACGGAGGUGAAGCCCGAGGAGAGCGCGACCUUCAAGGCACUGAAGACGGACGGGAAGAAGGUAGUGUUCAACGUCGGGAAAGCGUUGACGAUCGCCAAGCAGAUGUUCAUCGACUCGAAGGGCGGGAAGUUCCUAGGUGAGCUCAACAUGGAGAUCGCCAACAACGUCAAGGAGAUGACGCAGAUCUUUGCGUCGGUCGAAGACGCCGUCUUGCAGGGGGCGGGCGAGGCCACGAUGUUGGCACUAAGCAUGAAAAUCGACAAGGCCUUCGAUGCGCUGAACUCUUGUGUCGAGUGGUUCAACAAGUUCAACCCGAAGGAGAGCCAGCAGAAAAAGCAGAAGAUCUGA